CAAAUGGCUGCCGCAGAGGUAGCGGUAACUCCUACAGUGGGAGCCGAAGACGAUGAAGAUUGGUUGUAUGGGGGUGAAGAUAAAGACAAAAAGCCAAAUAUUGAAGAAUUGGAAGAAAGUGUUAACCAACAGAAAGAUGUGGAGAAAGAAGGUGUAGAGGUGGAACUUGCUGCAGAAGAUGCAGAACAAGAAAAGAAGGAGCCAACAGAAGCAGCAGCUGGUGAUGAAGAUGAUGAUGAGGACGAUGAUGAUGACAAUGUUCAGGUUACCAUUGGAGACAUCAGAACUUGGACUGGGACAGAGGCAGCGCCAAGAAAUUUAUUUAAAAGUGGACAAAAUUACCAGAAAAGUGCAGCAGCUGCUCCUGCUAAGCCAGCACCCACAACUAAAGGCCUGGACAUUGAAGCUGUUGGCACCAUCAAUGGCACUCCUGUGUAUGAUUUUGACUUGAACACACUCAGCACAGAGGAUAUGCCAUGGAGGAAACCAGGUGCUGACAUCACAGACUACUUCAACUACGGCUUCACUGAGGAGAGCUGGAAGGCUUACUGUGAGAAACAGAAGGUCCUCCGGGCUGAAGCUACAGGAGGAAUUUCUGUCAUCUCCACAUCAGCUCCCAGAUAUGCUAACCCCAUUCUGUCCUCUCUACCUGACAAAUUAAUCCUGCCAUCUCAGACGUCGUCCAUUAGCACCAUCAACUCCAACAACAACUCCAGCGGUAACAGCAACAUCAUCACAAUAGGGGUCAUAGGUGGCAGCACCAGCAGACGUAAGGAUGACUCCAGCCAUGAUACGCCUAUUCAAGUGGGAAACUUCAACAGAAAUAUUCCAAUGAACUUCAGUCAGCCUCCCCCUGCCCUCCCCAACACAUCCAUACCUCCACCUGGUUUGGCCCUGCCAUCAUUUACUGCACCUCCACCUUCAUUUGAAUCAUUCUACCACCCCACCACCAUUCCACCACAGGGACCAGCCACAUAUGGUGGAGCCUUUCCACCAAACUUCCCUCCACCAUUUGGUGAUCCACAUCCACCACCUGUCUCCACACAACCACAAUGGGAGAACAGGGGAAGGCCAGCUCCUUGUGGCUACCAGGACAGGUGGGACUCAGGGAGAAGGGACAGAGAGCGGAGCCCUCGCAGGGAUGACUAUGAGGAAAGAAUGUUUAGAGAGAGGGACAGAGAUAGAGAUCGUGACUGGGAGAGGGAUAGAGAAAGGAGCAGAGAUCGGGAUAGGGAUAGAGACAGGAGCAGGGACCGAGAUAGGGAUCGUGAUAGAGACAGAGAUCGAGACAGGGAUAGAGAUAGGUCAAGGUCACGAGACAAAGAAUCUUCCAGGAAUAGAGAAUCUUCUAGAACAAAAGACAGAGAAGAUAAGCACAAAUCUUCACGCAGCAGGAAACACACCCGUGACAGAGACAGGGACGACUCAGACACAGAGUCUACCAGGAGUGGGGGCAAACACAAGAAGAGCAAGAGAAGGAAGGAGGACAGGAAGGAAGAUGAGCCUGCAGCUGCUGCUGAAGAAGAAAAAUCUAAAGACUAAACCAGGCAGGUGGAGCUAGCAUUGACUUGUCACUUUGGUUUUAUCUCACUGCCAAAUUUGGAUCACCAUACCAUCCUCCAACACACUGGAUGCUGCAGAAUAUCAGGCAGGGAGACAACUUGCUGGUUGUGUUGGUGGUCAAAGUUAUCCCAAGAUGUGUUGGUCAUGUACAUUGAUAGUGUUCAUUAUUUUACAUGUAAGCCAUCCUUACAUUAUUGCCAAUGCUGUUUAUGAUAAAUACAUUCAUUACACUG